AAAAUGAAUAAACUGAUAAAUAAGGGACAUACAGUAGAUCUAAUGUUCUGAAACACUAAUUGAAUAUAUCAUAUGUUUAGAUAAAACCAUAAUAGAAAAUAUAUUUCAAAAUGGUGGAAAGUCAAAGAUAUCCAUGGAUAAAAUAAAUAGUUAGUGUUGUUUGUUGCUCAAAAAACACUGUAAAAAUGGGAGAUAUCGGUUCAAACACCCCAUCUUCAUGGCAAGGCACACAUCCAGACCAUCCAAUAUAUCAGUCAGCCAGAGAGGAGGAACCAAGCUCCUCUAUAACUUCUUCAUCUUCAGCAUCUUUUGCACCAGCUGUAUAUAGAGGGCAGUCUGUGUUUCAGAAUUCAAGCCGUUAUGUUUCAGACAGCUAUGAUGUUCAGAGUGAUUCUGUUAGAAGUCAUAUCUAUCAGGCAGCAGAGUCAUCUUACCAUCCGGAUCAUCAUAAUGGAGGACAGCACUUUUUGGAGAUGUCACAAUCUAAUAAUGAGAAUCAAGAUCAGAUAGGCAAUUAUAACAACUUGAAUAACAAUAGCAAUGGUUUUGGGUCAGCGCAAUCUACAGCUAGCAGUUCACAGACUUGUGAUCAAACAGGAUAUCCACUUCACCAACUUAUAGUAGAUGCUCAAAACAGAAUUGUUGCUGUACAAAGAGUUAUAUCUCCAGAUGUUGACAGUACAGUUGACCAAUCAUCAAACACUAAUACAUUACAACAGCAACCAGCUGCAGAGCCGGGAAAUUCUGAUCAAGGAUCUAUAGUGAUACAGCCAAGUACCAGUGGUAGGUCAGUGGUAAGCAUGCAUCAAUCAAAUGUCCACUCAGAGGUGUCAACAUCUGCUCAGUCCUCCACUCAAGUCAGCAGAGGAUAUAGAAGAAGCUAUGAUGGUAUGGAAGCAGCUGUUAGUUCUCUAUCUACAGCAACAUCUUCAAAUGAAGCUGAAGUAACUCAUACACUAUCUCUCAAGAAUGAAAGGAGAUCAGUAGAUGAUAUAGUUAGUGGGGAACCGGACACUACACAAGAUGAUGAUGAAGAGUACCAGACCUCAGAGAAGAUAUAUAUAGAAAACGAUGGAUCAAAUAAUGACAGUAGGGAGGAUUUAAAUAGCAGCGUGCAAGGAGAUAAUGCAGCUCAUCCAUCUAGUAGUAAUAAUGUUGUUGACUCCACACAAAUGACGUCUAUGAGGAUUCCAGUUUCAAGUUCAUUUCAACCAUCUGUCAGUAUACCAUCAAGUUUUAUGCCGGUCAAUGUUUCAAGUCAUUACCAAGAACAUUUACAAGCUGGUUCCCAUGCUCCACUGGUAAAUGAAACUCCAUUAUCUCAAUUUACAACCAAUCAACUUGCAGCAUCAGCAUCACAACUGGUUUCGAGCAUGGAAUCUCAGCUUAACCCAGCAACAUUUAUGCUAGAUGCAUCUAAUGUAGCUACAAAUUCAAGAAUUGAACACCCAGCAGAUUUGAAUACACAAAUAUCCAACUAUUUAAAUGCACGAGGAAUUGGAUAUGGUAGUACUUCAAGAGGGAUUGGUCUCGACAGUGCUGACCUUGAAGACCCACAGCCAGGCAGCUCUUCCAGUAGUUCUCAAAAUCGGAGAAAGUCAAGUCGUAUAGCUGAUUUAGAUAGUGAAAUUCCUUUACUUAGAAAACCUCGGUAUGAAUCUAGGACUUAUAAUCCAAGAGAACUUUGGUGUGAUGAGUGUAUGCGAAGUUAUGAUGUGGAAUGUGAGCAGCAUAGGUUGAUACCUAUCCUAGAUAAAGUUGUUCUAUCACGAGCAUGGGCAAGUCUACCACAAUCACUUAACAUCUUCAGGAUAGAAGAUGAUAAUAAUGAACUUGGUAUAUUCAACAAAAGACCUAUUGUGAAGUUCACACAAUUUGGUCCAUUUGUAGCUGAAUUAUUAGACUCUGAGGAUAAAGUUACUAACAGGAAAUUCCCUUUAAUGGUGGAACGUGAUGGACAUACAUUAUACUUUGAGGCAUGUGAUGAGAAUGUAUGUAACUGGAUGAUGUUUAUACGUCCCGCACAGAAUUUUGCAGAACAAAAUAUGGUAGCCUAUCAGCAUGGGAAUGAAAUAUUCUAUACUGUCACUAAGGAUAUAAAUGAACCCAAAACUGAAUUAAAGGUAUGGUAUGCUGCCAGUUAUGCUGAAAGAUGGAACAAAACAAUCUAUGAGGCCACAGAACAAGACAUACAAGCCAUGGAAGAACAGUUAUGCAAGUUUCAGUGUUAUGAGUGCCCUAAAAGAUUCAAAUCUGCAUCAGGUUUACAGAAACACUUGAUAACUCAUGACUCAGAUCCAUUGCAAAAUGAUGGUAAUGAGGAACCAAGCUCAAGCCAGACUUUAUCCCCAUCUCGCCAAAGGAAACGUAAACCAUUCCCACUGCAGGCAGGAUUUAGAAAGAAACUGCUUUCUAAUAAGAAAAACAAGGAGCUUGGAUCAGCUGAGAAUAGUAUGACUUCUUCGGGCAUGUUUCAUUGGAAAAAACGAUCUACUAACAUAUAUCUUAACAAAACACUUAAGAAGUAUCAAAAAUGGCAUGGUGGAGAUUCAUUGAGAAAACCAUCACAUAAUCAUUCACACAAAUUAACAACACUGGAGGAAGCAGCUUCUGAGUUAGAAUGUCGGUCAUGUGACCUGGCAUUUAGCAAUAUCACACUUUUAAAUUUACAUUUUCUGUCACAUAGUGAGGAGGAUUUAGAUGAUGCUAGGUUUGCUGCUCAGUUAAGUGAAGCUGGACUUAAGACAGAUGCACCUUCUCAGGUUCAACAAAUUGGCUGUCCUGGCUGCUUGCGUCAAUUCUUUGGUAAAAAGGACUUAAUUAAUCAUGUAGCAGAACAUGGAGCUCCCAAAUCCUCUGCCAACUUUGGUCUGGAUUAUUUUUCAGAGAUCCAGAAUUUUGCUAGAGGUCGGAAGCACAGAUGCGGAGUUUGCUUUAAAUCUUUUGCAACAAUUGAUCGCCUUGCGAAACACCAUCAGUGUCAUGGAGAAGAUGUGGACAAACCCUUUCAAUGUUCUGUUUGCUUCAAAAGAUUUAUGAAUAAUUCGGCUAUGUCAUGUCAUAUGAAGAUUCACAGUACAGCCAAGUACUACCAGUGUCCUAUAUGUCAUAUAGGUUUUGACCAGACAUCAGCAAUGAGAGAACAUAGUUUGGUUCAUGCAAAUACCAAUGGCUCUUUUAAUUGCCCUCACUGUGAUAAGGUUUUCAUUGAAUUCCUUGUUUUGAAGAAGCAUAUUCGAGGUUUCCAUACUAACAGGUCAUAUCCAUGUACAGUUUGCGAUAAGGUGUUUCCAAGGGCAGACAAAUUACGAUUACACAUGCUUCGACAUUCAUCCGUUCGAGAAUUCAUGUGUGAUACCUGUGGACGUCAAUUUAAACGAAAAGACAAACUGAAAGAACAUAUAAAACGAAUGCACUCUGCAGACAGGGUUGAGAAAGACAGAAUGAAAGCAUUGAAGCCAAAAACAAAUAAAUUUAUUCCAAAGGUUUCACCAACAGAAUACCACAGAUUUAUUUAUAAAUGUCAUCUUUGCUUGCUUGGAUUUAAACGUAGAGGAAUGUUGGUAAAUCAUAUUGCAAAAAGACACCCAGAUUUGAAACCAGAAUCAGUUCCUGAGCUUAAUCUACCAAUUUUGAAGACACAACGUGAUUACUACUGCCAAUAUUGUGAUAAAGUUUACAAAUCUAGCUCAAAACGUAAGGCCCAUAUACUGAAAAAUCACCCGGGCUCAGAUUUACCACAAAGUGCCCGCAAGAAAACAAACAUUGAUGAAAUACCAGGUGUACCUAACCCAACAUACUCUCAGACAGUGGGGAGCAUCACAACAAUGCCACAUCAAUGUGAACACUGUCACAAACAAUAUGCUAGUAAAGCGAAGUUGCUCCAGCAUCAGCGAAAACAUCAUCCAGAGAUUGCGCCAUUGCUUCAAGAUAGACUGAAGAGAGAGGGCUUACAUAUUCAACACAUGAAUGCAGCCAACGAACCUACUUUUGUUGUUGAAAAAUGCGAAGAUAUUCAAGAUUCACAAGCAGCUGAUCUACUUACACAAGCCAUGAGCGAACUUACACAAUCAGUUGAAUUCCGACAAAUGUCUGGUGCUCAGAGUACAGACCAAGCAUAUGUUUCUACAAGAAUUGGUCAAAGCACUCCGACAAUGGUUCAGAUUCAGACUUCAGGGGGUCAAGGCACACAGACUAUUGAGUUAACCCACUUGAGCCAAGCUCUUCACCAAUUCGCUCCACCACAGGGCCAUCUUCCAAUCCAGGUUCAAGUCUCAUCUGGUGUCACAGGACAUAUUCAACUUCCUCUUGCAACAACUCAGACCAGCUCUGCUGGAAGUGGAGCUCAAAUACUCACGGUGGAACCUGGUCAGGUAGCUGAGGGAACAGCUCAACUAAGCACUAGCCAGCCACAACAACUUGGUUUUCCACCAAUGGCCAUUGUGUCGGGAGCCUAUAUACCUAAAGCAUGGACAUACCCUUAUAAAUCUCAUUAAACUUUAUGAUACUAUUGUUACUCACUAAUGGUGUUCAUUUAUAUGAACUUUAUGUUAUUGUAGUUAACAUUAUUAUGAUAUGGUAUUUACAUUGUGCAUUCGUGUGAGGGUGGGUGUGUGGAUGAGUACCUCUCAAGACGGUGUUAGGGGGCAUGAGGGAUGUUGCACUUAUUCAUUAUCCCUCGUGUACAGACUCAAUGAAACUGAGUUGGCAAUUUUCAUGUUAUUUUGUUGUGAAUAAUGUUUCCGAGGAAUCACUUUGUUUCCAGAUUUGUUUUCCCAUGUUGAGUCACAAGUAGUUCUAAAAGUUCUUGAGCUAGAGUCAACAAUAUUUACAGGAAUGCUGAUCAACAUGUGACGUGAACAUGGGUGCUCGUGUGUGGAUUAAUUCAGUUUUGUCAGAGUUAUUGCCCUUGACUUAGUUAAAAUUUACAUUAAAACUUUUGUCACAGUAGUCCAAAAAGAAUUUGACCUGGAGUCAUGAAACUACAGAUAUGUUGGUCAACAUGUUAAGUUGUUCACCUAAGGUUUUGCUUAUAUAUCUUUCUAGAAUUUAUUUAGAAAUUGCCCUUAACUUAGUAAAGAAACAUUUCAAAAUGUUGUGUCACGUGUACUUCUAAAAGUUCUUGACCUAGAAUCAACAAACUUUACAGGAAUGUUGAUCAGCAUGUCACCUGGGGUUUUGUGUGUGGAUAAAUUCAUUAGAGUUAUUGCCAUUGACCUAAUAUAAAUUUGCAAUUUUCAACUUGUUUUGUCGUAGCGCUGCUAAAUGUAUUUGACCUGGAGUCAGGAAACUUUUCAGUAAUGUUGGUUAUUCACUUAGGGGUUUGCUUAUGGAUUUGUUCAAUAUUUGUGUGUUAUUGCCCUUAGUAAAUGAUUUGUAGUUUUCAACUUGUGUCUUGCUUAACUGAUAAGUUAUCUGACCUAGAGUCAUAAAUCUUUUUAGGCCUGUUGGUCAGCAUGUGUAGUUGUGCAACCUUGGUUUUGUUUGAUUAAUUUUCUUUUAAGCAUACUAAAAAAAGUGACAUUUGAAAUUCUUAAUUUUGGGAAAAAUCAAGAUGUCAGCAUCGGGAAAUGGGAUGUGGUUUUUUCUCAACCACUUAGGGGUGAGGCAUGUAGAUUUUCCAUUGUCAUACUGUCCUGCUGAACGUCAGUAGACUGACGAAACAGUCGAGUGUUGGGGCAUUCAUGUGACUGUCCUAUAGACACAUUUCUAGUUAAUAUUUUGUUACUUACAGUAAUUAUAACAGUUUCCGUUGAACAGAUCAGCUUUUAAGUAUAUGGUACAGUAUUCUGUCUCUCAACAAUUAUAUGCAUUAAUAAACAAAUUACAUGUUUGGUCUCUUGUAUACCUCCUAUAUAAUAAAGUUGUAAGAUGGGAAUACACGAAUCAGCUUGGUCUAUGGAUCAUCUAUUUUUGUUAGUGGAGGUAUCUAAAAAAGUAUUGCAUAUUUGAAUAUAUCAACUUGAAACUGCAUAGACAGAUAAAUUUCAUUGAGAAAAAAGUG